CAGACGAUUGUGAACGUCUGGACCGAGCGGAUUGUAAAAAAACAUGGGGUUCCUUGAAAACAGAGACGCUGGGUCAUUACCCACUAUACCACAGUUUUUUAAAGGCAAAACUGUGUUUAUCACUGGAGGAUCAGGGUUUAUCGGCAAGGUCCUGGUUGAGAAGCUCCUAUAUUCAUGUUCAGGGAUCGACAGGAUCUACCUCCUGUUGCGGAGCAAAAAGAAUGUCAGUCCAGAAGACAGACUCAAUGAUAUUUAUUCUACUGCCUGUUUCGACAGACUCCGCAAGGAGAAACCAGGCAUCUUCGAAUCGAAAGUGUUCGUUAUCUCUGGAGACGUGAUGGAACCAGGAUUAGGCCUCUCUGAGGAAGAUCGAGCUCUUCUAAUCAACAGAGUAAACAUUAUUUUCCAUGUUGCUGCGAGUGUCAGAUUUGAUGACCCUAUGAAAUUUGCCGUGAAACUGAAUCUUAACGGGACCAAGCAGGUUGUGGACCUAGCGAAGAACAUUGUGGAUUUGUCGGUUCUGGUCCACGUGUCUACUUCUUACUCCAACACGAACCGCGAGUUGAUAGAGGAAGUGAUCUACCCAGCGCAUGCCGACUGGCGCGACACCCUGGCGAUAUGUGAAACUCUUGAUGAGCACACCAUACGCCUCCUCACUCCUAAAUAUAUAGGGGAAUUGCCCAAUACAUAUACAUUCUCGAAACAGCUCGCAGAGCACGUGGUUUACGAGGAGAAGGGUAAACUGCCCGCAGUCAUCGUCAGACCUUCAAUCGUGAUUUCGAGUGCUGACGAGCCUAUGGAAGGAUGGAUCGAAAAUUUCAACGGACCUGUUGGUAUACUAGUCGCUUGUGGAAAAGGUAUAAUGCGGACGCUACACACAAAACCCGAUCUUAUUUCUGACUACAUACCGGUAGAUCUAUGCGUCAAGAAUAUUAUUGCCUCAGCUUGGGCUAGAGGUACUAAGAAAUUAGAGCCAGAAGAUGAUAUCCAAAUAUAUAAUUGCUGCUCAGGUGAUUUGAAUACCAUACUUAUGAAGGAUCUAAUAACCAUGGCUAAGGAUGUAGGCGCCAAUCUGCCGAUUAGUGGCUCCCUCUGGAGUGUAGGAGGAAGCAUUAGCACUUCAGAAACGAUUUAUUAUAUACGGGUGUUACUUCAGCACCUUCUACCAGCAUUAUUUGUAGACUUACUGCUGUUUUUACUUGGAAAGAAACCGAUUUUGAUCAAAGUCCAACGACGAAUCUACAUAGCGAAUCUCGCCCUCCGCUACUACAUAACCAAGCAAUGGACAUUCGACAACACGAACUUCGUCGCCCUCAGAUCGUUUUUAAAAGAAGAGGACAAACAUGAUUUCUAUUACGACAUAGAGAAUCGAGAUAAGGUGGAAUAUUUCACCAAAUGCUGUAUUGGAGGAAGGAGAUAUUUGCUAAAAGAGAAAGACGAAGAUCUACCAAAAGCCCAGGCACAUUACAGAAGGAUGGUCAUAAUCGACAAAGUGGUGCAAGUACUGUUCUUCGGUGGUUUGAUGUGGUGGCUCAUAAAAGUAGGGGCAUGGUACUUUGGACAGCGCCGUGCAGUGAUUGUGUGAUAAAUAAUUAUAUAAUUAAUUUUCUAGAAAUAUAAUAAAAUGUACGUGUUGUAUUU